GAAAUCAGUAGAUUAUUCAGAUUAGUUCACCCCUCAAGUAGACAAAUAUGCCACAACAGGUGGAGACAGACACCAGAAAGAAGGAAAAAGAGAGAGAGAGAGAAAGAAAAGUGAGGCCAUGAAAUGUUAAAAGUGUGAUGGGCAUCUGAAAGCAUAAAGGUAUGAGUUGCUUUUGAUGACACACAACAGAUCAGAUCAGAUCACAGUUUGGAGGCAAGCUGCUGCUUACUGAUUCGAGAGCUUUGCUUUGGUGAUUCAGCUUCCAUCUCAGACCUCUGGCUCUGUCCCUCAAACCAGCCAAACAAACACAAGCAAUUUGAGGGAACACUGAUUGAACCCCUGCAGACUUAACCAGCUCUUAGUCCUUCAGAAGACACUAGUGAAACUCAUCCAUUUGGAGGAUCACUUCUUCUCAUCCUUUGGCAUCUCCUUGCCGACUGAGAUCCCGGCCUCUUUUUCGUGUGUUGGCUAAGCUCGAGUGCUUUCUCAUGUGGCUUUGUGGAGUGGGAAAAAAAGCAAAGAUUUGGAGGUUUGUUGUGAGGGGAUAGUGACAAGAGAGGGAAGAAUAGGAAGUUUUUUACAUGGACUCGGAUCUGAAGAUGCCUCAAUGGGAUUUUCCUGAAUUGGACCGUGUUACCGAAGCAAACCUUGUCCCCAUGUUAGAUGGAUCACAACUCGGUUCUCCUCAGCAAUUGAUGGUGAAUGGUGUGGAGUGCUCUGUUGAUCUCAAGCUCGGGGGUUCAAGUGCCUCUGGCCGCAGAGAACAACCAAGUAUAUCGACAGUGACGACGAUCACCGCAGUGUCUUCGUCUGGCCUGUCGAAGAGACAGCGAUCACUAAGCAAUGUAGCUCAGAUUGCCUCAUGCAUGGUUGAUGGAUGCAAAGCCGAUCUUAGUAAGUGCAGGGAGUAUCACCGUCGCCACAAGGUCUGUGAGGCUCAUUCAAAGACUCCGGUAGUUCUGAUCGGAGGCCAAGAACAACGAUUUUGCCAGCAGUGCAGCAGGUUUCAUUGGUUAAUAGAAUUUGAUGACAUAAAGCGAAGCUGUCGUAAGCGUCUUGACGGGCACAAUAGACGUCGAAGGAAACCCCAUCCGUAUUUGCCGAAUUCAGAAACCAAUUCUUUUGGAUGUGCAGGAAUCAGGUUUUCAGCACAUUCUCAAGCCUUUACGACUGCAUCGAUAGAACCAAAUUGGUCUGGAAUUAUAAAAUUCAAAGACGAUUCGCGAUCCACGCAUCACACUGCAUCGGAUCUGUUUGACAGGAACCUCUCUUUUUCAAAUUCUUCUCAUAGCUACAACAAAGAAAGGAAGCAAUUCCAAUUCCCUUUCUUUCAAGAGAGUGAGAGCAGCCUCAACAACAUGACAGCAAUCGGAUCUUUUGUUCCAUCGGUUGUAGGCGGCGGUGGCAGCAGCAAGAUGUUCGCCAAUGGUCUAAGCCAAGUCUUCCGAUCUGAUUGUGCUCUCUCUCUUCUGUCAUCACCAAAUCAGACAUCAGGCAUCAACCCAAGCUCCAUGAUGCUAUCAUCCGAUCAGGUUUACAUCGGCCAGCCUCUCAUCGCAAGUAUGCAGUAUGGUAAUCUCACUCAGUGCUCUCACUCCACUGCAUCGGAAGCCAUUUCUCCAGUCAGAUACUCGUGUUCGAGCAUUGAAAAUGUGAGGACUGUCUUGGUUUCGAAUGCCGAUGCUGCUGGUGUUCAUUGUCAGGGUAUAUUUCGAACCGGCAACGAAGGGUCUUCCGAUAAGAUAUCUGAAGCUCUUCCUUUCUCAUGGGAGUAACUUGGCACUGGCUUGAAAAACCACUACUGAAGCCAAUGUUCUUGGACUCUUCGAUGGCCAAGCUAUGUUCAUUUUGAUUCAUACCAUCGGGUCGAUAACUGGCUUUUCGAAAUCAAUGUAAACUACAUGAUGGAUCUCAGAAAUAUAUAUUAGAAUCAUCUAAGAAAAUUCUUAUCUAAGGAAAUAUAAUUAAUAUGGAAGUAAAAUAUGGUGGUAAAGCUUUGGCUUUUGUA